CCAAGCACACCACUAAAAUCAAAUAUAUAAACAAACAAACAAGCAAAAUAUUUACAUAAACAACACGAAACUGAACGUAGAAGCUUGAAUAUAAAAAGUCCAGCAAAGAAAAAACAACACGAAAUUGCUGUAUAAGGAAAAUGAAAACCCCAAGAUCUUCAUACGUUUGUGAAACGUCUCUCGUGAUGGUGUUAACCAUAUUCUUGCUCUUCAUUUUAGGACAAGCAAGUGCAGUGGGUGUUCUCAACAACAUGAUAUGUUUUAAUGGAGUACCGUACGCGUGUCCUGACAAGUGCGAUAUAAAGUGUAAAGAGAAUGGUUUUAAUGGAGGGAUAUGUGUAACUGGAAGUCUCAAAGUUGCGCAAUGUUGUUGCGAUAAAAGGCUUACGCCAUCGAUAUUGUCUUAUAUGGUUAAGCCUCCCCCAUCGAUAUUGUCUUAUCCCGUUAAACCUCCUCCAUCGAUAUUGUCUUAUCCUGUUAAGCCUCCCCCAUCAAUAUUGUCUUAUCCUGUUUAA